GUUUAGAUUCAGGCCGACCUGAUUUCCCCCUCACCUAGUGAGCCAAGCCUGGUCCUGUCCUCCCAGUGGCAGGUAUGACUCAAGCCCUCGGUUCAAAAGUGGUCCCACUGCAGGCUGGUGGGGAGCGGGCGCCCACGCGUGCAUUCUCUAGUACCCGUUCACUGAGCAUUUCCCUUCUGCCUCUUUCUUCCCAGUUCCUGCCUGCCCUUCUGCCACCUGAGCUCCGUGCCAUCCUACAGGCCAUGGAGAAUGAGCUGCCGCCCCCCCACACGUCUAGCAGUGCCAGUGUCACCAGCAGUACCAGUGGGGUCAGUAGCAGCAGCGGCGGUGGCAACAGCAGCAACAGUGGUGGAAGUGGCCGCCCUGCAGGGCCCCAGAUUUCUGUAUACAGUGGCAUUCCUGACCGGCAGACUGUCCAGGUGAUCCAGCAGGCCCUGCACCGGCAGCCCAGCACAGCGGCCCAGUACCUGCAGCAGAUGUACGCGGCCCAGCAGCAGCACCUCAUGCUGCAGACGGCAGCCCUGCAGCAGCAGCACCUCAGCAGCGCCCAGCUCCAGAGCCUGGCAGCCGUGCAGCAGGCAAGCUUGGUGGCCAACAGACAAGGGAGCACAUCAGGCAGCAGUGCGUCUGCCCAGGCCCCAGCCCAGUCAUCCUCGAUCAACCUGGCCGCCUCGCCAGCAGCAGCGCAGCUCAUCAACCGGGCUCAGAGUGUCAACUCAGCAGCAGCCUCGGGCAUCGCCCAGCAGGCUGUGCUCUUGGGCAACACGUCUUCUCCAGCCCUGACUGCAAGCCAAGCACAGAUGUAUCUACGGGCACAGAUGGCCCAGCCAGGUAACCUGGUGCAGGUAGCUAGGAGCCUAGGCGGCACUGUUCCUUUGUCCCCUCAGCUCAUCUUCACGCCCACGGCCACCGUCGCUACUGUGCAGCCUGAGCUCGGCACUGGCUCCCCCGCCCGGCCCCCCACCCCUGCCCAGGUACAGAACUUGACCCUCCGAACACAGCAGACACCAACUGCAGCAGCCUCGGGCCCUACCCCCACCCAGCCCGUCCUGCCCAGCUUGGCCCUGAAACCCACGCCAGGUGGUAGCCAGCCUCUGCCUACCCCAUCCCAGGGCAGAAACACUGCUCAGGGUUCCCCUGCAGGUGCCAAGCCUGGCAUAAGUGACAGUGUGAUGGAGCCAGUCAAGAAGGGAGAUGGCAACGGCAGUGUGCCAGGGAGCUUGGAGGGCCGGGCUGGGCUCAGCCGGGUGGUGCCCGCUGUGGCUACCCACCCCCUCAUUGCACCAGCCUAUGCUCAACUACAGCCACACCAGCUCCUCUCCCAGUCAUCCUCAAAGCACCUGCAGCCCCAGUUUGUGAUCCAGCAGCAGCAGCAGCAGCAGCAGCAGCAGCAGCAGCAGCAGCAGCCGCCACCCCAGCCAUCACGGCCAGCGCUCCAAGCCCAGUCCCACACCCAGCUCGCCUCGGUGCCUCCGAGCCUGGCCCUGCAGCCCAGCUCCGAAGCCCACCCUGUGCCGCUGGGCCCCGUCACAUCCACUCUGCCUCUCCAGUGCCCCUCUGCCAACCUGCACAAGCCUGGCAGCACUCAGCAGUGUCACCCUCCCACGCCAGAUGCUGGGCCUCACAAUGGAUAUCCUGAGGGCCUGCCCCACACCCCUCAACGCAGGUUCCAGCAUGCCUCGGCUGUCAUCUUACAACUACAGCCUGCUUCACCGGUGCCCCAGCAGUGCACCCCCGAUGACUGGAAGGAAGUGGUACCUGGGGAGAAGAGUGUGCCUGAGAUGCGGUCUGGCCCAUCACCGCAUCAGCAAGCCAUCGUCACUGCCCUGCCAGGUGGCUUGCCUGUGCCCAAGAGUCCCAACAUCCAGCAGUCCCCGGCUCACGAGACAGGGCAGGGCAUUGUUCAUGCACUGACCGACCUCAGCAGCCCCGGCAUGACCUCAGGGAACGGAAACUCUGCCUCCAGCAUCACCGGCACUGCCCCCCAGAAUGGUGAGAAUAAACCACCACAGGCCAUUGUGAAACCCCAAAUCCUGACGCAUGUUAUCGAAGGGUUUGUGAUCCAGGAGGGGGCGGAGCCUUUCCCGGUGGGACGCUCGUCCCUGCUGGUGGGGAAUCUCAAGAAGAAGUAUGCACAGGGGUUCUUGCCUGAGAAGCUUCCACAGCAGGACCAUACCACCACCACUGACUCGGAGAUGGAGGAGCCCUAUCUGCAAGAAUCCAAAGAGGAGGGUACUCCCCUCAAACUCAAGUGUGAGCUCUGUGGCCGGGUGGACUUUGCCUACAAAUUCAAGCGUUCCAAGCGCUUCUGUUCCAUGGCUUGUGCAAAAAGGUACAACGUGGGAUGCACCAAACGGGUGGGCCUUUUCCACUCGGACCGGAGCAAGUUGCAGAAGGCAGGAGCCACGACCCACAACCGCCGUCGGGCCAGCAAAACCAGUCUGCCAACACUUACCAAGGAUACCAAGAAGCAGCCAGCAGGCACUGUACCCCUUUCCGUCACUGCUGCCCUGCAGCUAACACACAGCCAGGAGGACUCCAGCCGUUGCUCAGAUAACUCAAGCUACGAGGAACCCUUGUCACCCAUCUCAGCCAGCUCGUCCACCUCCCGCCGGCGACAAGGCCAGCGGGACCUGGAGCUCCCGGACAUGCACAUGCGGGACCUCGUGGGCAUGGGACACCACUUCCUGCCAAGUGAGCCCACCAAAUGGAACGUGGAAGACGUCUAUGAGUUCAUCCGCUCCCUGCCAGGCUGCCAGGAGAUAGCAGAGGAAUUCCGCGCCCAGGAGAUCGACGGGCAAGCUCUGCUGCUGCUCAAGGAGGACCACCUGAUGAGUGCCAUGAAUAUCAAGCUGGGGCCCGCCCUCAAGAUCUACGCGCGCAUCAGCAUGCUCAAGGACUCCUAGGGCUGGCCGCGCCAGUGGCGGGCAGGCCGGGGCUCCUCCUCCCGACUGAGCAGAGCCAGCUUUGGACACUCCUGGGGGCCCAGAAACAGGGCCGGUCGAGGGAAGGGGCCCUCCCCGUGGGGCAUGGCUGGGGAGGAGGUCUCAGCACCUCCUCGAUGGCUCUCAGGGGCCUUUCUUUCCGUGGGAGGGGCAGAGAGGUAGGCGGCGUAGCAGAUGGGGCUUUAUGCUUGUAAAUACUGAUAGCACUGGCUUCCUCCGAAGUCCCACUACUCUAGCCCCGCUCUCUUCCCCUCCCUCCGUCCCCCAUUUUCCAGGGGGCUUAUGGUCAGGGCUCCCAACCUGAGUUGGGUCACUUCCAAGGGCAGGCCGGGAUCAAAGGCCUCGGAAGCCCUUGCCUGCCUUCCUCCCACUUUUUUCUCCAGGCCUGGCUAACUCUUCCGUUGCCAGCUUCUCCCACUUCAGCCUGUUUCUCAAGCAGCCAGAAGGGUUCUCCCCCUUCACCCUCUGCAGGUGGAGAGAGAGAAGCUGGGCCCAGUUUGGCCACGCCUGCUGGCACAGACGCCUUAACGCUGUGUGUGUGACUGUGUAACUGUGUGGGAGCCUGGACUGACAGACAGGCCGAGAGCCACCCUCUGGCAUCUCCAGGUGUUUUGUAGCAAACAGCCACUUAGUGCUUUGUCCUGGACUCCACUCAGCCUCAGGAUGGGGAAUAGGAAAGACGGGCAGCCUCAGUGCAGAGAGGCGAGAUCAGAAAGCCACGGGGUCAGGAGGGUUUCCUCUCCGGAGGUCGAGGUCUCUCCGGAGCCCCUUCCCUGCACUGUGACGUCCCCUGACUGCCCUGCUGUAUCACAGACGGCAUUAAGGAAGCUGCUAGUGGGCCGGGCCGAGCCGAGCCUCCUUGUCCGCCUGCCCGCCCGCCUCGGGAGCCCAGUGGGGGGGCCCAUCGAAGGCCCGAGGGCAGAAGUGCUGGAGUGACCGCUGAGGUGAAGAAGGCAGCCUUCGGCCUCCACUCGCACACUUCUUUGCCUCUGGAACUUGCUGGCAGCAGUGUGAGCUGUCGUGGAGGAGGAGGUGGGGCAGGAAGGGCGAGGGCCUGCCUCUGACUUGCCCUGUCCUCUGCAGGCUCCUGGGGAGAGUGGGGCUCUCCUCGAGGGAGGGAAGGGGGAGGCUGGGCCCCCUUCUCAGCUUGUUCUAUUCCCCCACUCACACCCCCAGGCAGGGUUGGAAAUGAAGGACUUUUUUAACCUUUUGUUUUUGUUUUUUAAAAAUAAAUCCAUAAAAUCUGUU